CCCGUGGGCGGGGCCUUUCCCGUCACCUCCUGCAGGGCGCGGUCGCGGCCCCGCGGCGGCCCCGCGGUGACAGCGCGCGCGGUGUCCCCGCAGAGUGUCACCGGCGCCUUCUGCCCCCCGCACGCCGACUGGGCCCCGGUGAGCUGCGGGCUGCAGCGCGGCCGCUUCCUCAUCUCCGAUGUGCCCUUCCCCGGCUCCGCCGCCACCGUGCUCAAGAGACCCCCCUUCUGCCCCGCCAAGCUGGGGGGUGACACGCCGGGCGGCCGGGGGGGACAGCCGGGGGUGGCCGCAGCGGUGGCCGUGCUGCUGGAGGCCACCUGCGGCCACGUCCUGCUGACCCGCCGCGCCGCCACUCUGCGCCACUUCCCCAACGUCUGGGUGCCACCGGGCGGGCACUUGGAGCCGGGAGAGGAGCUGGUGGCCGCAGGGCUGCGGGAGCUGGCCGAGGAGACGGGGCUGCGCCUGGAGCCCGGCACCUUCUCCUGGCGCCUGCUCGGCCUCUGGGAGUCCCUGUUCCCCCCCUCGCUGAGCUGGGGGCCACCGCGCUGUCACCACAUUGUCACCUACCUGGGGCUGCGCUCCGCCGAGCCCCGGCAGCAGCUGCAGGCCCGGCUGUGUCCGAGCCCGUGUGAGGUCAGCGCCGUGGCCUGGCUGGAGCCGCGGGUCCUGGAGGCCAUCGCGGCCACCGAGGACGGGGCCGAGGGACCGGGACCGGGAUCAGAACCAGAACCAGGACCGGGAUCGGGAUCGGGAUCGGGACCGGGAUCAUUCCCCGGAGAGCUGCCCGCCACCGUGGGGAUCACGGAGCUGAGCGCCGGCGGCCUCCGCAGCUCCCGCAUUCCCACCGGGAUCCUCCUGCGCCGGGCCCCGGCCCGCGGCCCCGACCUGGAGCGCGUCAGCACCGGCACCAAAUUCGCGCUGGGGAGGCGGCGAGGGGGCUGGGCCGGGGGCGGCGGGGACAAACUUCAGGGGGGAUGAACUGCAGGGGAAUAAACUUCAGGGGAAAAAACUUCAGGGGAAUAAACUUCAGGGGAAAAAACUUCAGCAGGAAUAAAUAUCCAGUGGGAAUAAACUUUAGUGGGAUCCCAGCAGGAAUAAACUUCCAGUGGGAAUAAACUUCA